AUGUUUAAAUCUCCUCUUGAUAUCGAACUUCGCUUGGAUGGAGAGGAUACUAGAGAAACCGUCGAGGUUAAAAGUACAAAGGGACGGAAGGAAAAGCUCUCUCUUUACAAAGAUGGGGAAACUGUGAAGGGACAAGUUACCAUAAGAAUGAGAGACAAUAAAAAGGUAGAACAUACAGGCAUUAAAAUCCAACUUUUGGGAACGAUAGAAAUAACCAACGAUGGAGUUCAGGCUGACGAGUUUCUUUCUUUGGCACACGAAUUGGCCAGUCCAGGAGAAUUGAGACAUCCAGAGACGUUUCCCUUUGAAUUUCGAAACGUUGAGAAAUCCUAUGAGAGUUAUCGAGGAAUCAAUGUGAGACUCAAGUAUUAUUUGAAAGUGACAGUGAGCAGGAAAUCUGCUGAUGUUAUUAGGGAGAAGGAGUUGUGGGUUUAUCAAUAUCAAGAUCCUAGGGGGGAAGAAGGGGACAGCAAGACAGCAAAUACAAAUACAAAUACAAUUACAAAAACAACUACUACUACUCCUCCUCCUCCUCCUCCUCCUCCAUCUAUGGUCAAGAUGGACGUGGGAAUUGAAAACUGUCUCCAUAUAGAAUUUGAAUAUUCCAAAAACAGAUACUCGUUGAAAGACGUGAUUGUGGGACGUAUCUACUUUCUAUUGGUGAGACUAAAGAUUAAGCACAUGGAACUAUCACUUAUCAGAAGAGAGACAUGUGGAUCUCCUCCAAAUCAAAAAAGCGAGAGUCAAACUAUAGUGAGGUUUGAGAUCAUGGAUGGAGCUCCAGUAAAGGGCGAAACCAUUCCAAUCAGGCUAUUCUUAGGGGGGUUCGAUUUGACUCCUACUUACAAAGACGUCAAUAAGAAGUUUUCCACGAGGACUUUUCUCAGUUUGGUUUUAAUUGACGAAGAUGCGAGAAGGUACUUUAAGCAGAGUGAGAUAAUCUUGUAUAGAGAAGAGUAA